AAGCGCAGCAGGCGCGCGCUGUUUCCGGAAGUUGCGGCUGUCGAGGUCUCGGCUGGUGCUGCCUCAGCUACUGCCGCGGUCGCCGCGGAAUUCGGCGAGUAGAACCGCUGAGGCGAGCGCGGGCCCGUGUGGGGCCGGGGUUCCGGCCACUCUGCAGAAUGGAGAUAAUCAGGAGCAAUUUUAAGAGUAAUCUUCACAAAGUGUACCAGGCCAUAGAGGAGGCCGACUUCUUCGCCAUCGAUGGGGAGUUUUCAGGAAUCAGUGAUGGACCUUCAGUCUCUGCAUUAACAAAUGGUUUUGACACUCCAGAAGAAAGGUAUCAGAAGCUUAAAAAGCAUUCCAUGGACUUUUUGCUAUUUCAGUUUGGCCUUUGCACUUUUAAGUAUGACUACACAGAUUCAAAGUAUAUAACGAAGUCAUUUAACUUCUAUGUUUUCCCGAAACCCUUCAAUAGAUCCUCACCAGAUGUCAAAUUUGUUUGUCAGAGCUCCAGCAUUGACUUUCUAGCAAGCCAGGGAUUUGAUUUUAAUAAAGUUUUUCGCAAUGGAAUUCCAUAUUUAAAUCAGGAAGAAGAAAGACAGUUAAGAGAGCAGUAUGAUGAAAAACGUUCACAGGCGAAUGGUGCAGGAGCUCUGUCCUACGUAUCACCUAACACUUCAAAAUGUCCUGUCACGAUUCCUGAGGAUCAAAAGAAGUUUAUUGACCAAGUGGUAGAGAAAAUAGAAGAUUUAUUACAAAGUGAAGAAAACAAGAACUUGGAUUUAGAGCCAUGUACCGGGUUCCAAAGAAAACUAAUUUAUCAGACUUUGAGCUGGAAGUAUCCGAAAGGCAUUCAUGUUGAGACUUUAGAAACUGAAAAGAAGGAGCGAUACAUAGUUAUCAGCAAAGUAGAUGAAGAAGAACGCAAAAGAAGAGAGCAGCAGAAACAUGCCAAAGAACAGGAGGAGCUGAAUGAUGCUGUGGGAUUUUCUAGAGUCAUUCAUGCCAUUGCUAAUUCGGGAAAACUUGUUAUUGGACACAAUAUGCUCUUGGACGUCAUGCACACAGUUCAUCAGUUCUACUGCCCUCUGCCUGCGGACUUAAGUGAGUUUAAAGAGAUGACAACAUGUGUUUUCCCCAGACUCUUGGAUACUAAAUUGAUGGCCAGCACACAACCUUUUAAGGAUAUCAUUAACAACACAUCCCUUGCGGAAUUGGAAAAGCGUUUAAAAGAGACACCUUUCAGCCCUCCUAAAGUUGAAAGUGCUGAAGGUUUUCCAAGUUAUGACACAGCCUCUGAACAACUCCAUGAGGCAGGUUACGAUGCCUACAUCACAGGGCUGUGCUUCAUCUCCAUGGCCAAUUACCUAGGUUCUUUUCUCAGCCCUCCAAAAAUUCAUGUGUCUGCCAGAUCAAAACUCAUUGAACCUUUUUUUAAUAAGUUAUUUCUUAUGAGGGUCAUGGAUAUCCCCUAUCUAAACUUGGAAGGACCAGACUUGCAGCCUAAGCGUGAUCAUGUUCUCCAUGUGACGUUCCCCAAAGAAUGGAAAACCAGUGACCUUUACCAGCUUUUCAGUGCCUUUGGUAACAUUCAGAUAUCCUGGAUUGAUGACACAUCAGCAUUUGUUUCCCUUAGCCAGCCUGAGCAAGUAAAGAUUGGUCUGGAGGAGACUUCUGUGCUGCUCAACAAGAGAAGGAUGUCGUGAUUAAAGCACAGUCCUCUCUCCAUCCACCUUGCUUGGCUCUCCUUGAGGGAGCAGGAUGAAUAGCUUACCUGAUGAGCAGAAUCUGGAAGAGUCUGACACCCAAGGGCCAUUUGACAAGUGGAUGGGGCCACUGCACUGAAGAAGGCAGGCCUGGAAACCAGCUGCUGGGGUCUCUUCUGGAAGCUGAGAUUAAGGAUUCAUUUAGAGUUUAGAGGCCACUUGCAGCUGUCAUAAUGGGGUCUUGUGGUCUAAAUUUCUAGAUUUCUGUAGGGAUGGCAUCACCUAUAGGAGGAAGCCCCAUUUGGACCUCACACCCAAGAUCCAUCUCCAGCACAGUCUACCAAGGAGUCCCAUGCUUGAGCGGAACAGGAAGGCGAUGCCGAGUCCUCAUGGGCUCCAUAAGAGGAUGAUAGUCCUCGUUAGAACCAUCAGAGGACGAUACUUCCUACCUGCCAACAAGUACCAGUGGGAGAUACGGUUGGGCCACUGUCUGAUACUUUAUUGCUGCACCAUCACAUUUGGACUUUGUAAACAGCAGAGAACUUUUUGCACAACCAGGGGAAUGGAUGUGACUCUGAUGACACGAUAAGGAAUUUCUUUCAUAGGGCGCAGCGGGCUCCAAUGUCAGAGGGCUGAGAGACUAGGAGUGGCUGCAGUGUGCCCAGAAGUGGAGCAGUAGCCAGUAGUGACCUAUAGUUAAAGUGUUUUCUAUUCCGUGACUGAUCUGUGAGGGUGUUUAGUUGCUACUGACAUUGUUCGGAUUUUAUGGAAACUACAUUUUCAACUUUGCCACCCAUCUGGGUUACAAAACUUGAAAUGCUCCAGAUGUGACUUUGUGUCUUAAUUCCUUUUCACCAACCAGAAGGUGGUGCUGUCGUGCUGGCAACCAAUCCAUCUUUCCAACUCCAAGUAAAACUUACUGAAAUGCUUAUUCACGCUAAGUAAUGUGGACAGACUUAGCAUUCGGAUUCAACAGUGUAUCUCUCCUGCAGUUGUGGGGAAGCCUUCAGAGUUCAGAGCUGGAGAAGCCUGGCACACAGACGUUGGUUAGGCACUUGCUUAGGGCCAGUUUUGCACCGAGGGUGAAGUGACACUCUUAUAGGAGUCAGGGUGAAGAUGUCUGCUGAGUGCUGCUUGAUGUGUGUCCAGUCUUCCAUGAAACAGUUAAAGAAUUGUGACUAGAGAUGAGAGAAGUCUCUGUAAAGAGAAAACUUUUUUCCCUCGUUUCUUACGGGGAAAGAUCCGUACCUAGAGGAAAACUCAUGAAUCCAGUUUAUAAGAAAUACUUAUAAAGUAAUCAUUAGUAAUUAUUUAAAGUAAUUAAUUGAAUACUCAACUAGUUGAAGUACCCAAACAAUCUCUCGGGUUAUGUUAGCCACUUGAAGGAAAUAAAAUUUAAAUAAAAUUAUUUUAUUUAAAAAUAAAA